CCUGGGUCCCUCCCUGACUCCUCUCACUGGGCUCCCACUCGCUCAGCAGCCUCUGCAGCCACCCCAGCUUCAGCCUCCGCCUGGGCUCCUUGCAGCCGCCACCAUGAGCCAGUCGUACUCCUCCAGCCAGCAGCGGGUCUCGUCCUACCGCCGCACCUUCGGCGGGGGCUCCCCGGCCUUCUCCCGCUCCUCCGUGGGCAGCAAGGGCCUGGCCAGCUCCGUCUCCUCCCGGGUCUACCAGGUGUCGCGCAGCCCCACCGUGCCCAGCCUGGCCAGCCUGCGCGUCACCCGCGUGGCCCCCCUGCGCUCCUACCAGGGCGGCGGGGAGCUGCUGGACUUCAGCCUGGCCGACGCCCUGAACCAGGAGUUCCUGCAGACCCGCACCAACGAGAAGGUGGAGCUGCAGGAGCUGAACGACCGCUUCGCCAGCUACAUCGAGAAGGUGCGCUACCUGGAGCAGCAGAACGCCCUGCUGGUCACCGAGGUCAACCGGCUCAAGGGCAAGGAGCCCACCCACGUGGCCCACCUCUACGAGGAGGAGCUGCGCUCGCUGCGCCUGCAGGUCGACACGCUCACCAGCCAGCGGGCCCGCGCCGACGUCGAGCGCGACAACCUGCUCGACGACCUGCAGAAGCUGAAGCAGAGGCUGCAGGAGGAGAUCCACCUGAAGGAGGAAGCUGAGAAUAACCUGGCUGCCUUCCGAGCAGACGUGGACGCGGCCACGCUGGCGCGCAUCGACCUGGAGAGACGCAUCGAGGCCCUGCAGGAGGAGAUCGCCUUCCUCAAGAAGGUGCACGAGGAGGAAAUCCGAGACCUUCAGGCCCAGCUGCAGGAGCAGCAUGUCCAGGUGGAGAUGGACGUGUCCAAGCCAGACCUGACGGCCGCCCUGCGCGACAUCCGCGCCCAGUACGAGAGCAUCGCCGCCCAGAACAUCUCGGAGGCCGAGGAGUGGUACAAGUCCAAGGUGUCCGACCUGACCCAGGCCGCCAACAAGAACAACGACGCCCUGCGCCAGGCCAAGCAGGAGAUGAUGGAGUAUCGGCACCAGAUCCAGUCCUACACCUGCGAGAUCGACGCCCUCAAGGGCACGAAUGACUCCCUGAUGCGGCAGAUGCGGGAGCUGGAGGAGCGCUUUGCCGGGGAGGCGAGCGGCUACCAGGACACCAUCGCACGGCUGGAGGAGGAGAUCCGGCACCUGAAGGACGAGAUGGCGCGGCACCUGCGCGAGUACCAGGACCUGCUCAACGUCAAGAUGGCGCUGGACGUGGAGAUCGCCACCUACCGCAAGCUGCUGGAGGGGGAGGAAAGCCGGAUCAGUCUCCCCAUCCAGACCUUCUCGGCGCUCAACUUCCGCGAGACCAGCCCAGAGCAGCGAGGCUCAGAGGUUCACACCAAGAAGACCGUGAUGAUCAAGACCAUAGAGACGCGUGAUGGGGAGGUGGUGAGCGAGGCCACGGAGCAGAAGCACGAGGUGCUGUAGAUGGUGCCGGCCGAGCGGCUGCGGAGAGACGAUUAGCACCGUCCGUCCCCACCGACGCUCCCAUCCCGCCCCGCUCCUGCCCCAGCCCCUCCUCCAUCGUCCCCAGGGCAUAACUUCCCACGCCUGCCUCCCUCCACACCCCCCCGUCUCUCUCCUGCUUCUGAAGUGCUGUGUUGGGAGCUUGCCCGGGGGGCCCCAGAGUCAGAAGUGGGGCUGGGUGUCGGGAGCAGGGGGACACAGGGCCGUGGCUCGGGGGGUGGGGGGAAGGGGAGGCCAUUGCAGGCUCCCAGCAGCAGAUUCUGCAUCCCAGCCCCUUGUCCCCUGUACUCACACGCACCUUCCCUGCACCGCCCAGGGCCUGGCAGGGGCCUGCCUCCGCCCAGGCCUGGGGCCCCGGAGCUGGCAUUUCUCCUGGGCAGACCCGGCCCUGCCCAGCCUGGGAGGGGAGACGGAGACUGGCCAGCCCCCCAUGUCCCCCAGCCUGAACCAAAGCCAUGGAGCUCCCCGUAGCGCCCAUCGCCCAGGGAACUGGGGCUGCUGCCGGCUCUGUGGGAUGGCGAGGGUGGGGGGACCAGGCCCCCAGGAGUGUGCCAGGGUCAGGCUGGGGGAGUCUGCAGGAGGCUCCCCACGGGCAGGGAGCAGGGCGCGGUGGGACCCGCGGGAGCCUAGAGAGGAUCCGGGUAAGUGAAGGAAGCAGGCGAGGGAGAGAGAGGCAGAGAGAGAUGGACAGAGGCCAAGGGGCUGGGGGCACCGCACCCCCACCUGGCCCCCGCCCCACAGUGUGUACGCGACUCCCCCAGGCUGCUGAAAUAAACAACGGAGCACGA